AUGGCUGGCUCGGGCACCGAGAAGGGCAGCGGAGCGGAGGAGGCCAAAGUUGAUCUUGUCCGCGCCCUCCCGCACGAGCUCGUCCUGCUCAUCCUCUACCAGCUCGACGUCGACGAUGUGCUCGCAGCGCAGUUGGUGAGCAAGGCUUGGGCGGCGGCGGUGGGCGAUGAGUUUCUCUGGCGCAAGCUGUUUGCCAAGCACUUGCCGGCGACGCCGCUGGCCGAGGUCCGGACCAAAGUCGACGGGGUGGCGGGCGGGUGGCGGCGGUACUUCCUGUGGCGGUUCAAGGUCGGCCGGUUCUUUGAGGACGACCGGCCGUGCCCGUACGCUCGGGCGACGACCGGCCGGUCGUCAUGCUUCUACUGCCGGACGCCGAUUGCGCAGGGCGCCUUCCGGGCCGCCAUCGUCAUCCGCGGCGUCCAGUCAGUCCCGUACGUCCACAUGGGCUGCGAUCUCGCCACCCGCGCCAAGCACAUGACCACAGCCGAGCUUGCGGGCUUUGUUGUUCCCGGCGCCGCCCAUCUCGACCUCGACGCUGACGACAAGGCCGAGCUCGGCGGCUGGAUCCUGGACCUCCUCGAUCUCCGCGCCAGCUUUGACGACGCCGCCUUUAACGCCAUUGCCAAGCACAAGGCCACGCCCGAGCUCCGCAGGUUCAGCGCCUCGUUCCGCGCUGUCGAAGCACCGGCCUGUGCCGGCAUCACCCAUCCUGAUGGCUUUCUCGGCGGCUGGCCACCCAAGCGGACAAAGUGCUUCGGCCCGCGCAUCUUUGCGCCGUCGGCCAUGAACGCCUGGCAGCUCGAGCGCAUCUUCCCGCUCGCCGCCCGAUCGGCAUGGGCCGACUUUGAUUGGCCGCUCGAGGACGCCUUUGACGAGCGGACCAACUAUCCCGAGUUUCUGUACCUGUACGUGGCCAUGCAGGACCUGCCUGCCGAGCUGCUGGGAGAAAUAGCGUCGUGGCUCGACGUGGUCGAGCUCUCAGCCUUUUCCGCCGUCUGCACCGCCUUUCGCGCCGUAGCCGCCUCGCCGCUCACCGCCCGCCCGGUCCUCGACGCUUGGCUCGCUCGUGACUGGGCUGAUCCGGCGCGGGCUGUGUCCAUCAUCCAGUCUCUGGCGAGCGCUGCCUUGCGCCUGGCCAACGAUCCCGAGUCAGAGCUCCUGCUUCCACGUGAGGUGGCGGCAGCGUCGACGGCAGAGCUUGCGCUCACACUUGCCCGGCCGCACCUCGCCCUGCCGGUUGUCCGCGGUGUCCUCGGCGCCGUUGGCCCUGUGUGCUCCAACCUGUGGCCGGCCCGUGCAGAUCAUCUGGAUGCUGCCAUUGCCGAAGGAUGCGUCCGCCUCGCCGCCGCAAUCGAGGCUGUUGAGGCGCGCCACGGCAACGUGUAUCUGAUGCUCGAGCACGAGCUGCAGAUGGCGCGUCGCGCUGCGCUAACCCUCGCCCUCGGCGCCGACGCCGAUGGGCUCAUCCUGCUUGUUGCCAAGCACGCAAUCGCGCGGGUCCGCUCUGCCGUUCCACACGCUGCCACUUACAUCCCUGCGGCUCUAGGCCUUGCUGCAGUGGCUGCCAACGCGCCGUCUGCGCUUGCCGCCCUCCAUCACGCCUACCCGUCGGUCAUCAACUCGGGCUGGGCGUAUCACGGCUACCGCGGGCGCACCCAAGCGAUGACGUAUCCACUCAUGGUUGCUGCGUUCUACGCCGCUGACGCGGCGGCGGGGUGGCUUGUGAGUAUCGCGCCUGAGGCGCUGCGGCCAGCGCUUGUCGACAAGGUCGAGGGCCGGUUCGGACAGACUGCGCUUCAUGUCGCAGUUCAGCGCGACGUCGCCCCGUUUGGCGUCGUUCGCACCCUCGUCGCAGCCGGAGCCAGCACCACCACGCAAGACCGUCAUGGCUUUGGCAUUCCCGAGCUUGUGCGGGGCUAUCGAAGGCAGGACGAGAUAGAGGCGAUCUUUGCGCUCCUCGCCGGCCCGUCUGCCGACAACGAUGACGGCGGCGGCGGGGUGGCAGAGCAGUAGAGCCACGAGUGUAGUUUAGUUCUGGGCAGGGAACGGCGAGGCACCUGCAGGCGGCAUCCAGUCGCGGGUGUGGUAGAUGGCAGCGAGGUCGGUGUUCCAGUUCUUGACUCCGGCCAUGAGCUCCUCCUCCUCUGCCCGCCGUGCGAGGUCGAGCGCCACGUACCGCCGGUCCUCCUCAGCCUGCAGCAGCGGAACGAGAGCCAUCCGAGCACGGUCCUUCUCAGCCUGCACAGCACUAUCUCCCCGUCAUCAUCAACAAACCCCAUCGCCCUCGU